AUGCCAGGCUUCCUGGUACCCAGUCCUCUGGUGAGGCUGUGUGUGGGCCUCACGUGUGUCUUGUCCCUUUGGAACACAGUGUCUGCUGUUAAAGGAGAAGCCAAGAAGGAAAAAGUCAUGACCCUCCUUCUUACAACAGUGUCUGGCCUUGGAGGAGAAGAGAGGAAGGAAAAGGGGGUGGCUUUUCUCGAUACUACAGAGCUGCCUGCCAGGUCAGUCGAUCUGUCCGCCCUAAAUCUUACAGAGCUGGUGAAUGGAAUGCUGAGUAGAGCUUUAAAAGAUACCAAGAAGUUCUUCUCCCUGCUAAGCAUCACUUCCUACAGCUCCUUUGCCUUCUACAAGUUUUCUGUGGCCAUUUACAACAUUUCUAACCUGAAGACUGUGGACCCUGACAAAUUCCCCACCCGGUACUGUUACUGUCUGAACAACCGGACCAAUGACUUAUCAGAUUUCACAGCCCUACUGGUGGACGUCAUUGGAAAUUCAACCAGCUACCUCACAGAGAUUUUUAAGUCAACUUCCAUCCUCUCAGUGAGCCAAACGAAUGAAUCCGACUGCAUCUUCAUCUGUGUGAUGACAGGAAAGUCAGGAAGGAAUCUUUCUGACUUCUGGGAGAUGGCGGAGAAGUCUCCUGUUAUCAACUACACGUUCACCAGCAGCAUGGCUGGUGUUCUGGGUGAGUCUACCAGGAGCACAGCCAUGACUUCAAAGCUCACGCCCACAAGCCAGCAAAUGCUACCGAGGACAAGCCCUCUGCGCGGAGUCCAGAGCACCAGGGCAUCUGCUCUAAGAACCUCUCCAUGGACAGAGACAACUCCUCCUGCAGAGGGAGAGCAGACCAGGAACACAGACAGGCUUGCCCAGCUUCUCACCAGGGUCACGGCCACACAGGGCAGUGCUUCACCCACCCUCCCAUCCUUGGCUACCAGGAGGUUGGCCAGGAGCCCAUGGGCGACAACGGACAGUCAGGCACGGACUCCCACACUGCCUACGCUCUGGGCACCCGGAGGGCCUCCCUGGGAAAUGCUGUCCUCCACGCUGACAUCGCCUGCUGAGGCCACGGCCACAAGGAGCCUUUCUGGGCCUUCCUCUAGGACAGCAGCCACACAGGGCAGCUCCUCCCAGGCCAGCCCAACCUCAGGAUCCUCCACCCCUGGCACACAGACCCCGAGUCCGACCAAGGCACCAGCUCCAAAAUAUCCACAGACAGGGGACCUCCCUGAAGCAUGGCCACCUACCCAUGGAGAAGAGCCAGCCCUGGUCCAAGGACCCCACCACGUCUCAAGGUGUCCUCAGCUGCUCCUCGAGGAAGGGGCCAUCACAGCUGCUCCCCUCACCCUGGCCAUCCAGAAGCUCAACCCUUGCCUGAUGGAGCUGUGCCGCUUUUUCCAGCAAUGCCUCUGCAUGAGCAGGAAGAGAGACCCGAGGACGGAGGCCGUGAGGUACUGUCUUGAAUACUACUCCUGGUUUCUGAAGAAUGCCACCUACAUCUGUCAGAGGGUGAAACAGAUGCCUCACUCCCAGACCUUAAAACAAAAAUGCCUCCAGAAUAUCUGCCAGUCGGUGUGAGGCCUUGAAAAAGCGAUGGUACCUAUUGAUAAAUUGGACGACAUCUCUUCACCCUGGCCCCUGGCCCGAGUUGGCUGACUUUGCAAAAUUUGCCAGGCUCCAGCUAGGUCAUCAAUUAACUGAAAGAGGUUCUUUUUGGAAGUAGCAUUUCUCUCUCUCCUGUGACUCCUGGGAAGGUGGAAGGCCAAAGUGUUAGAAGCUGCACGGAAACCUAAAUCCAUGCUCAAGUAACCCCCAUGAUGUUCGCAGCAAUCCUGAGACUGGAGAGAUGGCGUGAGGGGUGUCACUCUAGCAAGAAGAAACUAGUCCAGGCACCGAGACCCUGACCCAAAGCGACUUAAACUUGGGAUUGUAGGAAGAGAACAAGAUAGAUAAGGAAAAGUGAGCCCAUGCUGUGAAGAGAUUCACCUAGGAUUUCUCUAUACCAUUAACUCACCCUCAGUUAUGUACAACUCAUCAGA